AUGGGUGUCGGAGAAAUCGAAUGUGCGAGUGCGGGUGCAAGUGUGGGUGCAGGUGUGGAUGCGGGUGCGGGUGGGAGUGCGAGUGCAAGUGCAAGUGCGAGUGGAAGUGUGAGUGUGAGUGCGGUUGCAAGUGUGGGUGCGGGUGCGGGUGGGAGUGCGAGUGCGGAUGCGGGUGGGAGUGCGAGUGCGGGUGCGGGUGCGGGUGCGGGUGCGGGUGCGGGUGCGGGUGCGGGUGCGGGUGCGGGUGCGGGUGCGGGUGCGGGUGGGAGUGCGAGUGCGGGUGCGGGUGCGGGUGCGGGUGCGGGUGCGGGUGCGGGUGCGGGUGCGGGUGCGGGUGCGGGUGCGGGUGCGGGUGCGGGUGCGGGUGCGGGUGUGAGAGUCAUUCAAGAAUCACUAGUAAUACUAGUAGGUUGA